AUGAAGAUAUUUGUAGUUUCCCUGACAUUCAAUUUUCCAUGCCUAGCUAUGGGAUACAAGAACGCUAACCCUGAUCACGACGUAGUUCUAGGAGGUGGUCAGGAUGCAAUGAAUGUGACUAUGACAGACCGCCGUGCUGGUAAAUUUGAGGCUAAAUUCUAUCACAAGAUUUUGCAAGAGGAAAUUGGUGGUGUUAAAGGACAUUUUGGGCCACUUAAUGCUUUAGCAUUUAAUCCUGAUGGGCGAAGGUUGUUUGAGACUCAACUGGUACAGUUUCUUGGUUCAGAUGUUGCUGGUUGA